GUAGUGAGUCAGAUAUUGUUGGAAAAGAGUUGUACAGUUUUAUCGAUCAUGAUGAUAAAUUGACAUUAAGACCUGAGGGAACAGCAGGUAUUGUCAGAGCAUUAAUUAGCAAUAAUAUGGAUCGUGAUCUGCCCAAAAGGUACUAUUACUAUGGGCCUAUGUUUCGUCGUGAACGACCUCAAAAAGGAAGGCUAAGGCAGUUUGAACAAUUUGGCGUUGAAAUGUUUGGUUAUGAAAAUCCAACCUCUGAUAUUGAAAUAAUUGAAAUGGCUUGGGCAUUUUUAAAUAAAAUAGAUACUGAUACGACAUUUGAGCUAGAAAUUAAUUCAUUGGCCGAUGUGGAAUCUCGUGCGCAUUAUCGUGAAGUUGUUAAAGAUUACCUGAGCCAGAAUGCAUCACGUCUUUCCUCGGAUAGCGUGAAAAGAAUAGCGACAAAUCCUUUGCGUGUCUUAGAUUCAAAAAAUCCGGAAGAUAUACCAAUCAUUCAAAAUUGUCCAUCAAUCACAGAAUUUUAUAAUACGAAAUCUGCUGAAAGGUUUAAUGCUGUAUGUCAGGGACUUCAAAAGUUAGAAAUACCUUACAAAAUUAAUCCACGACUAGUUAGAGGACUGGAUUAUUAUGAAGACACUGUAUUUGAAUUCAAAUGUACGGAUUCUAGACUCG